GCGGUUCGAGCGCCGGCGGCAAUGGGGGAAGGUGGCGGCCGGCGGGCGGCAGAGCCGGAGCGCUUGGCGCUGGAGCUGGGGCGGGAGAGGCAGAAGCAGCAGAUGCUUGAAAGCUCAAUAUUUGAACUGAGAAACACUAUAACAGAACUGGAAAAAAGCCUUAACAGUAUUGAAAAUGAAGAUAAUGAAUGGAAAACCAGAUAUGAGACACAAGUAGAAUUGAACAAACAGCUGGAAAGGCAAAUGAUUAUUCUUCGAAAUAAGGUGGAGCUUAUUCGUGGAAAUCCAGCAGAUAAACUGUCCCUUGUUCGCACCUUUGAUAAAAUGCCUGCGGAUUCCUUAAGGGAGGUUCUUAAACAGCUAGAAGAAGAGAAGAAAAGUCUCCAGAACCAGCUAAAGGACUAUGAACUUAGACUGGAACAAGAAGCAAAGGCUUACCACAAAGUUAAUGAUGAGUGGCGCUUGUACCUCUCAGAGAUCUUACAGAACUCAGCUAAACCUAAAAUUUUUGAAAGGAUAAAACCAGAUGCUCUGACUGGCAAGGGAGAAAAACAGAUACUGAGAGGAAGACACAGUGUUCCAGGAAACCCGAAGAUGGUUAAUCCUCAAACACAAUCAAUUAAAAAGACAGUAGGAGUGAACCAGCUUCCACAGCUAAAGUACUGA